AUGAUAAUAUUGCCAUAUGAUAAUUUAGAAAAUAUUAAAUAUUUAACAAAAGGUGGAUACUCCGAAAUCUAUACAGCAGUUUGGAUUGAUGGAUCAUAUUAUUUAUGGGAUUCUAAAGGACAACAAUUAAAAAGAUUUAGGAAACAAAAUGUGGUACUUAAAAGAUUAGAAAAUGUUGAAAGUGCAAAUAAACGUUGGUUUAAAGAGGCUAGUUCACAUUUAUAUAUAAGUAAUAUAUGGUCAGAUGCGAUUGUUCAAUGUUAUGGUUUAACAAAAGAUCCAUUAAAUGGAGAUUAUAUGCUUGUAAUGAAUAAAUUGGAUGCAAAUUUAAGACAAUAUUUACAAAAAAAUCAUAAUCAACUUUCAUGGAACGAAAGAAUUCGAAUUGUUGUUGAUAUAAUUGAUGCACUUCAUAAAAUUCAUCAUAGUGAAAAUGCAAUUCAUAGAGAUUUGCAUUCUGGAAAUAUAUUAUUUAAAACUAAAUUUUGUAUUAGUGAUCUUGGAUUUUGUGGGCCUGCAGAUAAACCAUUAAAAAGUAUAUAUGGAAAUCUUCCUUAUAUUGCACCAGAAGUUAUUGCAGGAAAAGAAACUACUUUUAAAUCUGAUGUUUAUAGUAUUGCAAUGCUUAUGUGGGAAAUUUCUUCUGGACAACCACCUUUUAAUAAUUAUGAGCAUGAUUAUUAUCUAGCGAUGAUGAAUAUUGUUAAUGGUAUAAGACCAAAAAUUGUGCCAGGGACUCCUUUAGAAUAUAAAAAUUUAAUUAUACAAUGUUGGGAUGCUAAUCCAUUAAACAGACCAGAUGCUAAAAUACUUUAG